UACUUGUCUUCACCUCACCAGCAGAUUCAUCUCUUCUCAGAUCUCUUGUUUUUUAUUUUUUUUAUUUUUUUUGAAAGGUAUCUCAGUUCUCUUGUUGCUGCUUCUUUGUGAAGUGAGUAUGAAUGAUUAAAUAACAUUUCUACUUACAGAAUCAGCUGACUGGGUUUUUACCCGUAUCUUUUUCAGCUUCAUAUCCUCACAGAUAUUCUCAGCUACUCAUUUGGGUAUUUUCACUCUAGAAGUGGUAGAUUGGGCAACAAAGAGAAAUGGGUAUUUGUCUAAGCAAAGGCAGAAUUGGAGGAUCAAAUUCUAAUGAUCAUAGAUCAGGAAGUGGUGAUGGUGCUGGGAUGAGUUACCAAAAACUUCAAGAACCUGCAAUACAGGAGCAGAACACAAUUCCUGCCCAACAAUUACCUGGAAGGCAGCCUGCAGCCGGAGUGCAGCGGAAAAAGCCGGCGCCGAGCUCCAAACCAGUAGUCCACAGGCCAGAUACCAUUCUGGGGAAACCAUUUGAAGAUAUUAAGUCAUUCUAUACUAUUGGAAAAGAACUAGGUAGAGGUCAAUUUGGGGUCACAUAUCUGUGCACUGAGAAUUCAACUGGUCAGCAAUAUGCUUGCAAGUCUAUAUCCAAAAGGAAGCUAGUUUCCAAGAAUGACAGGGAGGAUAUGAAGAGAGAGAUCCAAAUUAUGCAGCAUCUGACUGGGCAGGCCAAUAUUGUUGAAUUUAAGGGUGCUUAUGAGGAUAGACAAUCUGUCCAUCUUGUGAUGGAGCUAUGUGCCGGGGGAGAGCUCUUUGAUCGGAUUAUUGCAAAGGGGCAUUAUAGUGAAAGGGCCGCGGCUUCAAUAUGCAGGGCCAUUGUAAAUGUGGUGCACGUCUGCCAUUUUAUGGGCGUGAUGCACCGGGACCUCAAGCCUGAGAAUUUCUUGUUGUCUGACAAGAGCGAAAAUGCUCGUUUGAAGACAACUGAUUUUGGGUUAUCAGUCUUCAUUGAAGAAGGGAAGGUGUAUCAUGAUAUAGUUGGGAGUGCUUACUAUAUUGCUCCUGAAGUGUUGCGGCGUAGCUAUGGAAAGGAGAUAGAUAUUUGGAGUGCAGGGGUUAUCUUGUAUAUCUUACUAUGUGGCGUGCCUCCCUUCUGGGCCGAAACGGAGAAAGGAAUAUUUAAUGAAAUUUUAAAAGGGGAAAUUGACUUUGAAAGUCAACCUUGGCCAUCUAUUUCAAGUAGUGCAAAGGACUUGGUCAAGAAGAUGCUGACGCUUGACCCCAAAACCCGACUUACUUCUGUUCAAGUUCUUGAGCACCCUUGGAUUAGAGAAGGUGGAGAGGCAUCAGACAAGCCAAUAGACAGUGCAGUCCUCUCGAGAAUGAAGCAAUUCCGAGCAAUGAACAAACUCAAGAAACUCGCACUUAAGGUUAUUGCUGAAAAUCUCUCCGAAGAAGAAAUUCAAGGGCUGAAAUCAAUGUUUACAAGUAUGGACACUGACAAGAGUGGCACAAUCACUUAUGAAGAACUUAAGACAGGAUUAGCUCGACUGGGGUCGAAGCUCACUGAAGUUGAAGUUAAGCAACUCAUGGAAGCUGCUGAUGUGGAUGGAAAUGGGACAAUUGACUACAUCGAGUUCAUCACUGCUACUAUGCAUAGACACAAACUGGAAAGAGAUGAACACCUUUACAAAGCCUUCCGGCAUUUUGACAAGGAUAAUAGUGGGUAUAUCACGAGAGAUGAACUGGAAAUAGCCAUGAAAGAAUAUGAAAUGGGCGAUGAUGCUACCAUCAAAGAAAUAAUAUCGGAAGUGGACACAGAUAAUGAUGGGAGGAUCAAUUAUGAAGAGUUCUGUACAAUGAUGAGAAGCGGAACCACACAGCCAGGCAAGCUCUUCUAGUACUACUCAAGAAACUUCCCAAGAUUUUAUAUGUUGAUCAGAGAAAUCCCGAAAAGUUUGCUUCUAAAAUUUGUAUCAACAACUCAAUACUGCAUGCAAAUUCUUCGGUUUAUUUUUUAGUAACAAAUGUCAGGUUCCUGCAUGUCCAUAUCUUUCUUGUGUUCCUUUCGGCCUGUGCUUACAUUUGAGGCUUCUGAAAGAGGGUUAUGGCAUUUUACUUCUUCGUUUUUCCUUUUUCUGUUUUCUUUUGGAAUGUUGUUUAUAUUUGUCAGAGUAAGGAUCUGAAUGUUUAGCAAGUCUGCAAUGUAUUAGCAGUGCUCAUAACUUUCUUGUGUUCCUUUCGGUCUUGUGCUUAAAUUUGAGGCUUCUGAAAGAGGGUUUUCCAUUGUACUUUUUCUUUUGGAAGGUGGUUUAUAUUUUUUACCA